AGGUUGCUGGAAAUUUUAGUUUAGAUGAUUUUUCUCUUCUUGUCCAAUGCGUUUCCAAGUGCGCACGACCAAUCUGCAGCAGCGCUCCGCAGACCCCCUACCAGGCAUCUGGUUACUCUGAAUUUAUUCCUGGAGGCGCUGCUUUUAGGAAAAUCGCCCCCAACAGGUGUAUAAGUCGGCUCGACAAAAAAAAAAAACAUAGGUGGAAUGCAUCCUGGCGGAAAUCUGGACGCGUUGCGGAAUCGAGUAUAAACCACCGAUGAAACUUCGUUGUCGCUUAUUUUCGUCUCCAGGAUUUGUUGCAUGGUGAGGUGAAUGCGGUGUGCGUCGGGCUGCAUUUCCCCCCAGAUAAGACCGGAUGGUAGUCGUGAUCACAACUGAACGAAUCUGGAUACAGUAGGAGUACUGCCAAGUCUCCAAAACGAGAAGGCAUAAUGCAGACUAAACUAAAAACCGAGAGAAGGACGGACUGGCAUCACAAGGCGCCAGCACAUUAACAAGCAGGAUCUUCAUGCAAUUCCACUCACCGGUUUUCAUAUUUGGAAGAUGCUAAAUUCAAGAAGUUAAUGGAAAUGAUAUUGUAAAGCUUUGCGCAUGUGUUUUAUUAUUCUAAAUGUGGUCACGGGAUAUUUUACGGCGGAAGAAAACUGAUCUCCCUGAGCGAAGUUCCAAUGUCCAACGGCCCAAAGUGUGAACUCCACGAGCCUGCAGCUGUAGCAGUUUUACCAGGGUGCUGGUAAGCUGAAGCCCAGGGAGAUGUCACAGCUGUACUACCGGCGGACUGACAGCUCCUCGUUCCGGGACAGCAUCCCACUGAGAAUUGUGCGGACCGAGUCGGAGCUGUCACCUUUAGAGAAAGCCUACCUCGGAGCUGUGGAAAAGGGGGACUACGCUAGUGUCAAACAGGCUCUGGAGGAGGCAGAGAUCUACUUCAGAAUCAACAUCAACUGCAUCGACCCUCUUGGCCGCACAGCUCUGCUGAUUGCCAUUGAGAAUGAGAACCUGGAAAUUAUUGAACUCCUACUGAGCUUCGGCGUCUAUGUUGGCGAUGCUCUGCUGCACGCAAUCCGCAAGGAAGUGGUGGGAGCUGUGGAGCUGCUGCUAAAUCACAAAAAGUCUAGUGGCGGCAUGCAGGUUCCUCCUAUCUUAUUGGACAAACAGUUCUCUGACUUCACCCCUGACAUCACUCCCAUCAUUCUUGCUGCACACACCAACAGCUAUGAAAUUAUCAAGCUUCUGGUGCAGAAAGGUGUGUCUAUGCCACAGCCACAUGAGGUGCGCUGCAACUGUGUGGAGUGUGUGUCUAGCUCAGAUGUGGACAGCCUACGGCACUCGCGCUCACGCCUCAACAUCUACAGAGCAUUGUCCAGUCCCUCGCUAAUUGCGCUCUCUAGCGAGGACCCGUUCCUUACUGCAUUCAGGCUGAGCUGGGAGCUGCAGGAGCUCAGCAAGGUGGAGAAUGAGUUCAAAUCAGAGUAUGAAGAGUUGUCUCGACAGUGUAAACAGUUUGCCAAGGACCUCCUGGACCAGACAAGGAGCUCUAGAGAGCUGGAGAUGAUCCUCAACUACAGAGAUGAUAUCAGCUUACUGGAGGAGGAAGGCAACAAUAAUCUGGCAAGACUCAAACUAGCUAUCAAGUACCACCAAAAAGAGUUUGUAGCUCAGCCAAAUUGCCAGCAGCUUUUGGCAUCCCGAUGGUAUGAUGAGUUCCCUGGCUGGAGGCGACGACACUGGGCGGGGAAGUUUGUCACCUGUGUCUUCAUUGGCCUCCUCUAUCCCUUGUUCGCUCUCUGCUACAUCAUCGCCCCCAAGAGUCGCUACGGCCUCUUCAUCCGCAAGCCCUUCAUUAAGUUCAUCUGCCACACGGCAUCCUACCUGACCUUUCUAUUCCUGCUACUCCUCGCCUCCUCCCUGCAUAUUUUCACCACCCAGCAGAACAGCCAGGAUAAACAGGGUCCUGCACCGACCACUGUGGAGUGGAUGAUCCUGCCCUGGGUGUUAGGAAUCAUCUGGGCAGAAAUCAAGCAAAUGUGGGAUGGUGGUUUCCAAGACUAUGUCCAUGACUGGUGGAACCUUAUGGACUUUGUCAUGAACUCUUUAUACCUGGCCACCAUCUCCCUUAAGAUUGUAGCCUACACUAAGUACAAUGACAAUGGCAGUAAACCCAGGAACGAGUGGGAAACGUGGCACCCGACACUAGUAGCUGAGGCGGUGUUUGCCAUUGCAAACAUUUUCAGUUCCUUGCGCCUGAUCUCACUGUUCACUGCCAACUCUCAUCUGGGGCCACUGCAGAUCUCUCUUGGGAGAAUGCUGCUGGACAUCCUGAAGUUCCUCUUCAUCUACUGUCUGGUCCUACUGGCCUUCGCUAAUGGGCUGAACCAGCUCUACUUUUACUAUGAGACCAAAGCUUCAGAUGAGAAGGGAAACUGCACGGGGAUUCGAUGUGCGGAGCAGAAUAAUGCUUUCUCCACGUUAUUUGAGACUUUGCAGUCUCUCUUCUGGUCGAUCUUUGGUUUGAUCAACCUGUAUGUAACCAACGUGGAUGCAAACCACCAUUUCACUGAGUUUGUUGGCGCCACCAUGUUUGGUACCUACAAUGUCAUCUCACUGGUGGUGCUCCUCAACAUGCUCAUAGCAAUGAUGAACAACACCUACCAGCACAUUGCUGAUCACGCAGACAUUGAGUGGAAGUUUGCCAGGACAAAGCUGUGGAUGAGUUACUUUGAAGAAGGGGCCACUCUGCCAGCCCCAUUCAACAUCAUCCCCAGUCCUAAGUCAUUGUGGUACCUCAUGUGUUGGAUUAAGAGGCAAGUGUGCAAGAGGACUAACUCCAAGCGGCCUGAAACCUUUGGAUCUCUUGGAAGACAAGCAGCAGAGAACGUGAGAAUAAAUCAUCAGUAUCAGGAGGUACUAAGGAACUUGGUGAAACGUUAUGUGGCUGCCAUGAUCAGAGAUGCCAAGACAGAGGAAGGUCUGACUGAAGACAACUUCAAGGAGCUGAAACAAGACAUCUCCAGUUUUCGUUACGAGGUGAUGGGUAUGAUGAAGACAGGGAAGCCUGCUCUACAGGGAGCAAAGGCCAGUGGGAGCUCAGUGGAGUCCACUCUUGUUUAUCCUAAUUCCUCUUUUAAGCUUUUUUCAUGCCCUCAGAGCAGCCAGGUGAAAAGCAAACUCAACCGAUUCAAAAUGACAACGUCCAUCCUCAAGCAGGGCUGUUCAGCAUCACCCAGGCCACCUGAAGCCUCUACUGGUCUACCUAACGGAAUCUUUUCCCUUGUCUCUGGUGAGAGCUCCAACGAAAGUUCAAACCAGAGGAGAAAUUUCCCAAAAGAGUUUACUGACUUUGGCUUGUACCAGAAGCGCCACUGGGGUGGCAGUGAAACCACAUCAGGCACAGGAGAGAUUUCCAGAGGGAUGUAUUCUUUGUCAGAGACAGCAGGAGAGUCUGAGGUCUCAGACGCAGAGGAGCAAGACAAGGAGCGUGUAGCUAGAAGUAGCCAUGAGAAAGAAACCUUAAAGGGAGAAAAGACAGAAGAAGCUGCAGUCAGUGAAGCAGUGAAUGAGAAUAGUGAGGCUUUGAACACCAACAGCAGCUUGGAGGAAGAUGGGAAAAUAGAAACCGAGGAAAAGAAUGAAGAGAGUUUACCCUGCGUUGACUCAGACACUGAUGGAUGUUUAUCUGGGACUUGCAGAGAAGAAGCGUGAGAUGUGACGAUACAUGAACAUAAUCACAGGUCGCAUAAUGGAGGACUGAAGACAGAGACUGACAAUCAUGUCAAGUGUGGAAAUUUUUCCAGUUAUUACUAAACAGAUUAUCAGUUCUGAUCCUACAAGACUCAGGGAGACCUUUGGUUUAAGUGUUUUAAUAUUAGCAGUGGAGAUGCAGCAAAGGCAAAUGGAGCUCUGUGUGAACAUCGCCUAGAUUUUUCAUGUAAUCUCUUCACUAUAGAUGAUUGGAAAAUCAUAAUUUUCUGAAAUUUUUUUAGCCUCCUCUCUUUCCUUUGCCUUUAUCUGACAUCUUUUCAAGUAUCCAUCGUUUGUCCUUCAUCGAUUUCUACCUCUUUUCUUUUACUGUUUAUCUCAACAUUGCUUUCUCUCCUCAUCCUUGUCUCACUAGAGCAAUAGGUGUAUUCUGUUUUAGACCUAACUUUCUGCCUUACACUGUCUGUUUAAGCACUUUACACACUUUACACUGGCAUGGAGGAUCUCAAAGCUGUGCCAAGCUUGGAUCAUGCAACAGCUCUGUCAAUUGUUUUCUAUGCAAAACGAGUAUAUUUAAAGGUGACAGUAUUCUCGUAUGUAGGGUAGAGCAUGGCCGACUGACAAUGAGCGAACAUAUACAGUACAAUAUGAACACGUAUUUGAAGCAACAUCUUAUUCAUGUUUGAUUGUUCCUACUGAAAAUAAACAGUUUUGAACAGAG